GCGGCCCGUUGUUAUGACGACACGGUCGUAAAUCCGCCAUCUUCCUGCGGCGCGUUGCGACAUGGAGGGCGCGAUGGCAGUGCGGGUGACGGCCGCGCAUACGGCAGAAGCCCGGGCCGAAGCCGGGCGGGAAGCGGGUGAGGGCGGGGUCGCGGCGGCGGCGGCGGCCUUGGCUCCUGGUGGCUUUCUCGGCCUCCCGGCGCCCUUCAGCGAGGAAGAUGAGGACGACGUGCACAGAUGUGGCCGCUGCCAGGCGGAGUUCACCGCCCUGGAGGACUUCGUUCAGCAUAAGCUCCAAAAAGCCUGCCAGCGGGCGCCUCAGGAGGCCCUGCCCGCCACCCCGGCCGCCGCGCUGCUGGGUCGGGAGGUGGCAGCAGGAGCGGCGGGCUCAGAGGAGCCCAUCACUGUGGCCCACAUCGUGGUGGAGGCAGCGGCGCUCGCGGGAGACAUCAGCCACUCGCCUGACAUAGUUGGAGGCGGACACAUCAAAGAGGUCAUCGUGGCCUCAGAGGCGGAGCCGGGGGACAGCGAGGUGGCUGAGGGCCCAGGCAGCCCCAGCCGGCGGGGGCCCGGGCUCUCUGCGGAGGGUGAGCAGGCCCAGGUCAAGCUGCUGGUGAACAAGGACGGCCGCUACGUGUGCAUGCUCUGCCACAAGACCUUCAAGACGGGCAGCAUCCUCAAGGCCCACAUGGUCACGCACAGCAGCCGCAAAGACCACGAGUGCAAACUGUGCGGGGCCUCCUUCCGCACCAAAGGCUCGCUCAUCCGGCACCACCGGAGGCACACAGACGAGCGCCCCUAUAAGUGUGCCAAGUGUGGGAAGAGCUUCCGGGAGUCGGGGGCACUAACCCGGCACCUGAAGUCUCUCACUCCGUGUACAGAAAAAAUCCGCUUCAGCAUGAGCAAAGACAUGGUCGUCAGCAAAGAGGACGUGCCUGCAGGGUCCAGCGCCUCCACUGUGGGGGCUGUUACUCCGUCGUCGGUGGCAGGCGAGCCCAUGGAGACCUCGCCAGUGAUUCACCUGGUGACAGAUGCCAAGGGCACCGUCAUCCAUGAAGUCCACGUCCAGAUGCAGGAGCUUCCCCUGGGCAUGAAGGCCCUCGCCCCGGAGCCCCCUGGCCCCCAGGAGCUUCCCUGCUCCAGCGAGGGCGGCCGCGAGAACCUUCUGCACCAGGCCAUGCAGAACUCCGGCAUCGUGCUCGAGCGGGCCCCCGGGGAGGAGGGGACCCUGGGGCCGGCCACCCCCACCGUGUCCAGUCCCCAGCCGCCCGGAGACGCUGCCCCGGAACUGCCGCUGCUGGAGGUGGAGCAGGUGGAGACAGUGGCUGGCGAGGCCUCGUCUGUGCCCAGGACCCACCCGUGCCCUCAGUGCAGUGAGACCUUCCCAACGGCGGCCACCCUGGAGGCCCACAAAAGAGGCCAUGCAGGGCCGAGGCCCUUCACCUGCCCGCAGUGCGGCAAGGCCUUCCCCAAGGCCUACCUGCUCAAGAAGCACCAGGAGGUCCAUGUGCAUGAGCGCCGCUUCCGCUGCGGGGACUGCGGGAAGCUCUACAAGACCAUCGCCCAUGUCCGUGGCCACCGGCGUGUCCACUCGGACGAGCGGCCCUACCCCUGUCCUGAGUGUGGCAAGCGCUACAAGACCAAGAAUGCCCAGCAGGUGCACUUCCGGACGCACCUGGAGGAGAAGCCGCACGUGUGCCCGUUCUGCAGCCGCGGCUUCCGGGAGAAGGGCUCGCUGGUGCGGCACGUGCGGCACCACACGGGCGAGAAGCCCUUCAAGUGCUACAAGUGUGGCCGUGGUUUCGCUGAGCACGGCACGCUCAACCGCCACCUGCGGACCAAGGGGGGCUGCCUGCUGGAGGUGGAGGAGCUGCUGGUGUCCGAGGAGAGCCCCGCUGCGGCUGCCGCCGUCCUGACCGAGGACCCGCACACCGUGUUGGUCGAGUUCUCGUCCGUGGUAGCUGACACGCAGGAGUACAUCAUCGAGGCCACCGCAGAUGAUGCAGAGACCAGUGAAGCCACGGAGAUCAUUGAGGGCACCCAGACGGAGGUGGACAGUCACAUCAUGAAGGUGGUGCAGCAGAUAGUGCACCAGGCCAGCGCUGGGCACCAGAUCAUCGUGCAGAAUGUGACCAUGGACCAGGAGGCGCGACUGGGCCCGGAGGCGGCCGCGGCCGACACCAUCACCAUCGCCACCCCCGAGAGCCUGACGGAGCAGGUGGCCAUGACGCUGGCCUCGGCCAUCAGCGAGGGCACUGUGCUCACUGCCCGCUCGGGCACCAGUGGCGCUGAGCAGGCCACUGUGACCAUGGUUUCGUCAGAGGACAUUGAGAUCCUGGAGCAUGCCGGCGAGCUGGUUAUCGCCUCCCCGGAGGGCCAGCUUGAGGUGCAGACGGUCAUUGUCUAAGCACGGGCACCUGCAGGGGCUGGCAGGCCGGUCUGGGGCAGGAGCUGAGGACCUUGGGUUCCCUGCCCAUGCUUGCCUGGCUGAGUACAGGCAAGAGGGGCUUAGAACUCAGACUUUGAGAGGCGACGUGGGAGUGUAAAUAGAGUUUUUGGUUGCUUUACAAUAAAAUGUGAAAAUCC